CCAGGAUGACUUAAAACAGCAACUUUUUGUAAGAAGCAUCCCCUCACAGUUGCUAUGGCAAAAGAAAGAAGUCCAAUUAAGGUUCCAUCUGAAAAUGAAGACUUACCUGACAAAGAAAAUGCUCCAGAUUUUGACGAGGACACUUUACGAGGUGAGCUAGGUUCAACUUUGGCUUCAGUCAUUGUUAAAACAUUUUCUAUUCCACCAGUUUCAAGAAUGUAAGCAGAUGUGGAGAAUGAUAUUAAUACACUGCAUGACCACUUUAAAGGAUAUUGAUCAGUUAUGACUCUCUUCUAUGAUUACAAUAUGCUGUUCAUUGACUGAGAGGAUCUAUGACAUAUUUGUUAUUUUCUUUUCUCAAAGUUCAAAGCAAGUACACAAAGUUAUACUAAGUAAAGACUUUAUUUGAUCAUCAUAUAACAUUCAUUUCGUAAGUUUGCAUCAUAAGUACCAUCAUCAUCAUCACCAUCUUUCCAUUAUAUUAAUUAUGCAACAUUAAAUUGAAAGUUUCAACUUCCCCUAAGCAACCAAUUUCCAGCAGAGUGCAAAUGUUAUAUCAUUGAAUAUGGAGGUGUUUAACCCUUGACACCCUAACAUCAGUAUCCAUAUUCUCCAUACUAUUCUUUGUAUGUUUCUUGUGGUAUUGAAAACGAGAAUUCAUUUGAAGAUCAAUGCUUCUUAGGUUGGUGAUCAUUUCCUUUAUUCUCAUGAGCUUAGUGAAUGAUUCAGCAGUAUUACUGUAAGGAGAAGUGAGACGCUGGUCACUCUUAGGGUUUAAAGAGUUAAGGUAGAUAGUGAACUUUCACUAACAAAUGGCUCAGAAGAAAAAUGGGGGGGGGGACUGUACACACCCUCCAAGCUUUUCAGGGGAUGGGUCAAGUAAGGCAGGUGCAAAAGUGGCAGCUGGCACUAAAGGAAAAAUCUGCAGAUUUUAAAUCUCCAGAUCUUGGCAGCUCUGCUUAUGCACUAAUUAACUACAACCACAGGUAAUUAUUAACUACAACCACAGACUUUGACACAAAUUAUUUCUUAUUUUUUCUUUGCAGCCACAGCUGAUGUUUAUAGGAAUGAGGGUAAUGAGGCCUUCAAGAAGGGAGAUUUCAUCAAUGCUAUUCAUUUUUACACCAAAGGAAUUAAAAUGAACUGCAAUUAG